UAUCGCCGACCAGAAAACCCCCAUUAUAAUGUGUGAAGCCCUCAAUCGAGACUACCAGCUGUGCCAGGAGCUCGGCCGCGGCCGUUUCGGCGUCGUCCACCGCUGCUACUCCGCCGACGGGGAACCCUUCGCCUGCAAAUCCAUCCGCAAGGCCUCCCUCUCCCCCGAUCCUGCCGACCGCCGCUGCCUCGAGACGGAGCCCAAGAUCCUCCACCUCCUCUCCGGCUGCCCCAACAUCCUCCGCCUUCACGCCGCCUACGAGGACGACGAGUACGUCCACAUCGUCACCGACCUCUGCGACGGCGGCGAUCUGUUCGACCGGAUCUCCUCCGGCGCCCCGUUCCGCGAGCCGGACGCCGCCGCCGUGCUCUGGCAGCUGAUGACGGCCAUCGCGUUCUGCCACCGGAUGGGGGUGGCGCAUCGUGACAUCAAGCCGGACAACAUCCUAUUCGACUCCCGGGGGAGGCUGAGGCUGGCCGAUUUUGGAUCCGCCGAGUUUUUCAGGGAUUCCGGGAUGAGCGGGGUCGUGGGGACGCCGUACUACGUGGCGCCGGAGGUUUUGUCGGGGAGGGAGUACGGGGAGAAGGUGGACGUGUGGAGCGCGGGUGUGAUUCUGUACAUAAUGCUCGCCGGAGUGCCGCCGUUCUACGGGGAUGGUCCGGCGGAGACUUUUGAGGCAGUUCUGAGGGGGAAUUUGAGGUUCCCGACGAAGAUUUUCCGAUCUGUGUCGGCUGAGGCCAAGGAUCUGUUGAGGAAGAUGAUUUGCAGGGAUGUUUCUAGAAGGCUCUCUGCAGAGCAAGUCCUCAGGCAUCCAUGGAUUGUAAAUGGAGGAGAUACCUCCCCAUUGGAGAAUUAACCUGAAAAGCACUUCUCACUCUUGGAUGAGCCUUAUUCUCCUGAGAAGAGAGAGGGUGGCUUGGAAAGUAAGGAGCAAUGAAAAGUCUCAAGCUCUGCACAGAAAGAUUUAUGCCUUGUUUAAUUAGAGAAAGCCAAAGGGGAGCGCAUUUAGGAAUAUGUUCUCGAGUAUUCCUUGGAUCAUAGCUCUACCACUACCCCUUAUGUCCUUUUCCCCCUUUUUUUGAGGUUGAAAGGUUGUUUGUGAAUUAGUAAAAGAGACUGAGGAUGUACUUACUCUAGCUAUUGUGAAUCCUCCUCUCUUUU